UAGCUGCUAAAACAGGCCAACAAAACCCUUAGCCGCUCUGUUAUGCGGAAACCUGAGUGAUCAUCUUGCUGCUUUCACUUACCUUUCUACCAUAUUUCUCUUCUGCUUUACUCAAACUCUGUUGAAUCUCACCUUCUUUCAUGGAUUCUUCUUUUUCCGACACCGCCUUGAGAUUGUUACUAUUCUGCGCUGAAGCUAUUGAAAAUCGGGAUCUGAAAAGCGCCGAUGUGUUCCUUCACGUUAUCUUGAUUCUUGCUGAUAAGAGACACUACUGGUUUCGAGAUGACAGCAUAGUGGUGAAAUACUUUGCGUACGCUCUGGUUCGCCGAGCCUACGGACUGCAUCCCGCUUCUUCCUACUUCACUUUCCCGGUGGACCCUGCACCAUAUUAUCAAUAUAACAGCUGCCAUAUUAAUGGCGUCAUAAAAAAAGUUAUCAAUGAUGCUUUGAUGGGAAACAGGCGAUUGCACCUCAUUGAUUUCAACAUCCCGUAUUACGGUUUUGAGGGUUCAGUUCUUAGUACACUACCGAACUUCGUCGGCUAUUGUCUACCCGUCUGUGUAAGUUACAUACUUCCACCAUUUCUGAAAGAAUAUGUAGAGUUCUCACGCCAAAUGGAGUUUUUGACUAAGGAUGCCAAGGAAGUUAAUGUAAAGUUGGAGGAUGAGUUGAAAGUGGUUUAUGGCAAUAGUUUGGCAGAAGUGGAUGAAUGUGAAAUAGAUUUCAAAAGAAGAAGAGAUGAUGAAAUGGUGGUGAUUUACUAUAAAUUUAAACUUGAGAAGUUGGUAAGAGAUGCAAAAGCAAUGAAGAGAGAGUUAGUAAGAUUGAAGGAGAUAAAUCCGACGAUUGUAAUCAUUCUAGACUUUUAUUCUAAUCAUAGCGACUCCGAUUUCUUGACAUGUUUCAAGGAUUCAUUUCAGUAUUCCUUGAAGACUCUUGAUUACUGGCAGGAGUUGGACCGUUAUCUUGAUGGGAAAAAGGAGUGGGAGUUCAACAUAGAGGCAGGGGAAGGUAAUAAUAUAAUUAGGCGGCACCCAACGUUGCCAGAAUGGCAACAUCUCUUUUCAAGUGCUGGCUUUAGUCGAAUUCCAUUAAACCACAGGAAAGAUAAUCUUAGCGUUGAGGAUAAUAGUUCCUUAAAAAUAAUGAGGGAGGAAGAAGAGUGUUUGAUUUUAGGUUACAAGGGAUGUCCAAUGUUUUUCUUAUCGGCAUGGAAACCCAAAGUUGAAGAUGGACACUUCAAUUCCAAUUCCACCAACCAUAAGUUUGAACAAGGUUUCAAUCCAAAUCCUCUGCCUCUUCAACCUCUUCAACCUUUUCUAGAGGGUUUGAUAUUGAAUCGAUUAGCUGCACUUGCCGAGAUACAUAAUAUAUCAAAAGAUUUAUGUUGUAAAUACAAACUUUCAUUGGCUUUAACAUGGGCUUCUAAGGUUAACAAUAUGAAUGGAACUAUCUCGGAUCCAAACAAGAAACACACUUUUUUUAUCCAAAGUAAUUAUUGUUAUGUGAAAGAUCGGAAAUCUUAUGAUUUUAUGUUUGGUUUUGAACGCAUGAUCAGUGUCCCCUUUUUUGAGAAAGCAUUUGAAUCAAGGGAUGGCUAUCAUUUUGAACCAUCUCUUACUGAGGUAGAAGACUUCAAAUAUUUCAUGUUAAAGGAUUGUAACAUAGAUGUUGCUCUUGCCAUCUGUCUACAAAAUCGUCACACAAGUGAUGAAGUUUAUGUCGUAGAAUUUUAUUGGCCUCCAACUGAGAGUGAAAUAUCAAAAUCCGUAGCUCUUCGUAUCUUCGAUGACUUGAAACAUAUGAAGACAACGUUUGUAACAGUAAAAGUUCAAGGCCCCGAAAUUAAGUUCCAAGAAGAAGCCAUUUCAAGCAUUCCUACAUCUUCAAACACGGCAAUGCCUUUGAAAAUAGCUGAAGAAGCAAGGGGCAUUCAUGCAAAAGAAAUAAAUGCGCAUAUUGAGCAGAUUAUUUUCAAUGAUGACUCUCAGAUUGUGGAAACAAAACGAAACAAACAGAGAAAGUUGAGGUCAAAGGUUUGGGUGGACUUUCAUAAGUCUGAAGAAGAAGGAAAACAAGUAGCCAAAUGUGAACACUGCCCCAAGGUGCUUACUGGGUCAAGUAAGAGUGGAACCACACACUUGAAUAACCACUCGAAAGUAUGUCCUGGAAAGAAAAAACAAAAUCAAGAAAGCCAGUUGAUACUUCCAGUUGAUACCAAUGAAAGAAGCUCAACAUUUGAUCAAGAAAGGAGUCACUUGGCUCUUGUGAAAAUGGUUAUUAGGCAGCAGUAUCAAUUAGAUCUGGCUGGUCAAGAAGCCUUCAAGAAUUUUGUGAAAGGUUUGCAGCCAAUGUAUGAGUUUCAAUCAAGAGAUAAAUUGUUAUCUGGCAUACAUCGCAUCUAUAAUGAAGAGAGAGAGAAACUUCAGUUGUAUUUUGAUCAGCUUGCUUGCAAAUUAAAUUUGACAGUAAGUUUGUCGAAGAACAAUCAUGGAAAGACUGCAUAUUGUUGUUUGAUAGCACAUUUUAUUGAUGAUAGUUGGGAACUAAAGAUGAAGACUCUUGGUUUGAGAACUUUGGAGCAUAUCAAUGACACAAAAGCUGUUGGUGGGAUUAUUCAGAGCUUAGUUUCGGAGUGGAAUAUAGGCAAUAAAGUACGUUCCAUAACUGUGGAUAACUCUUUUUUGGAUGACAGUAUGGUUCAACAGAUAAAAGAAAAUUGUCUCAGUAAUCUAGUCUCCCUUUCUUCAACUCAUUGGUUCAUCAAUUGCACUCUUCUUGAGGAUGGGUUUCGUGAGAUGGAUGACCUACUUUUUAAGUUAAAGAAGUCCAUUGAAUAUGUCACUGAAACAAAACAUGGAAGAUUGAAAUUCCAAGAAGCUGUAGAUCAAGUGAAGCUACAAGAUGGGAAAUCAUGGGAUGAUCUUUCUCUCAAGCUGGAAUCAGACUUUGGCAUACUUGAUAGUGCUUUGAGAUCAAGAGAAAUCUUAUGUAAACUGGAGCAAAUUGAUGGCAAUUUUAAACUAAACCCAUCAAUGGAGGAAUGGGAGAAUGCAGCAGCUCUACAGAGUUGUUUGAGAUGCUUUGAUGAUAUCAAAGGAACUCAAUCCCUUACUGUAAGCUUGUACCUUCCAAAGCUUUGUGACAUAUACAAGAAAUUUCUUCAGUUGGAAAGAAGCAAUCCUUCAUUUGUUACAUUGAUGAAGAGGAGAUUCGACCACUAUUGGAGAUUAUGCAAUUCGGCAUUAGCUGUUGCAUCUGUUCUUGAUCCAAGGUUAAAAUUUAAAGUUGUGGAGUUCUCAUAUAUAGUGAUUUAUGGCCAUGAUAGUAAGGUGCAAUUGAACACGUUUCGUGAAGUUCUUACGAAUGUCUACAAUGAGUAUGCCAAUGAAACCAAAAAUCAAACUACAUCCGCUUCAGUCUUGGAUGAUAUCAAUUGGCUUGGAAAUAAUUCUAUUUGGGACUCCUUCAGUAAAUUUGUAACUGCAAGCGAGGCCUCAUCGAAGUCAGAGCUUGAGAUUUACUUAGAUGAACAUUUAAUUCCCAUGGAUGGAGCAAUCUUUGACAUACUUGGUUGGUGGUCUGAUAAAUCUCAAAAGUUUCCAAUACUUGCAAAGAUGGCUCGAGAUUUCCUCGCGAUUCCGGUAUCAAUUUUCAUACCAUGUUCAAAUAUUAAGGCCACGAUCAAUAAUCCAGCCUACAAUAUCUUGAAUCCUGAGAGCAUGGAAGCUUUGGUAUGCAGUGAAAACUGGUUGGAAACUCCAAAAGGAAAUGAUGGAGAAAAUCAUGAACCCACACAAACUAUGGAUAAAGGAAAAAGGAAGCUGGAUGAAGACACUUGUGUCAGAAAAAAACCCAAACCUUCGAAUUGUGAGAAAGCUAUUAGUACUGAAGAUAUUGCCAGAGAUUCCAACAACAAUGAUGAACCUGCUGGAGAAAUUUCAAUAGGAAAGCUGCAAACAGAGAACAGUAGCAAAAAUGGGUGUUAUGGAGAAACUAGUAGUGGAAACAAAUCCAAAGCUUCCAACAAAAUGAUGGGAACUAUUUCUUUACGGGACAUUCACCAAGAAAAGUCAUCAUCAGAACUUAAUCAUGGAAGAAACGUUGAGGACGUUUCGAGUGGUGAUUCAUCAUCCGACAAUGAUCAAUCAGAUCAACUUCAGAGUUCAUCUUCCGAGUCUGAUGUUGAAAUAACAUUAAAAGAGCAAGGAUCAUGGUCUGAACAGGAUAUUAAGGCAUAUUUACUCUCGGAGUUUACAGAAAAGGAGAAUGAACUGAUAGAUACAUGGCAAAAGAAUGAGUUGAAGGGAAAAAUGAUUGGACGAGAUAAAUAUUUUAAAAUCCAGGGUGAGAAAUUAGCACCUCUACUCAUGAUGCCCCAAGGUGAUGAAACUCGAGAAGAGUACUAUAUUGAGGAUUUGGUUGUUAAUACGUUUUUGAAUUGCUUAAGAAGAGAUCUGACAAAUUUCCAAAUAUAUACAUCAAUCACUAUUCAUUUGGCUCACAAAUAGCUACUCAAUUGAUAGAAGGACCAAGAACAGAACAAGAAGUAUUAGCUUGGGUUAAAGUUGAUGAGCUAAGGGGUGCACAUAAAAUGUUUCUACCAAUGAGUUUAUCAAAACAUUGGGUUCUUUUCUAUGUGGAUACCAAAGAGAAGAAGAUUUCAUGGUUGGAUCCAAUAGCAUCUUCUCGAAUAAGGUCUUAUAAUGUCGAAAAAGACAUAAUAUUACAAUGGUUUACAACUCUUCUACUGCCAAAGUUGGGUUAUGUUGAUGCAAAGGAAUGGCCAUUUUUAGUGCGUAAUGAUAUUCCAGAGCAAAAAAACUUGGUUGAUUGUGCGGUGUUCGUGAUGAAAUAUGGUGAUUGUCUUACACAUGGUGAUUGCUUUCCUUUCAAACAAGAAGACAUGGUUCAUUUCCGUCGUGGCAUCUUUGUUGAUAUAUACCGUGGAAUAAUACAUAAAAAAAAUAAACAAAGAUUGAUGCAUUGUUUAGGAACUCAAAGUUGUAAGGACGUGAAUUCAAAUUUUUGAAAUUUGAUGGAAAUUAUUGGGUUUUUUUAUUA